AUGUCUGAGUUUGACAAUGUUGACAAGACAAGGCUUGAGAAAUUAGCCAAUGACAUGUACCAAGAAAUGGAAAAAGGUCUUUCAGGGAAACAAUCAAGCCUGCUUAUGCUUCCGACCUAUAUACAUACCUUGCCAAAUGGUAGCGAGUCUGGAAACUUUUUGGCAUUAGAUUUCGGUGGGUCAACUUUUCGAGUCAUACUUGUGAAAUUGAUACCAAACAGUAGUCCUGUUAUAAAAUCAACGACAGUUUGCAUGGAGAGUAGAAUGAAAACUGUGGGAGGGCAAGAACUCUUUGAGCACUUGGCAGAUUGUGUGGCAAGCUUCAUGAAGAAGGAAAGUUUGGAAAACACCGAAAUUCCUCUUGGGUUUACUUUUUCCUUCCCAAUGCAACAAUCUUCAUUGUGCUAUGGUACAUUAGUUCGAUGGACAAAAGGCUUUUCGAACUCAGACGUGGUGGAUAAAAAUGUAGCAGAACUUUUAAACAAAGCUUUGGCUAAGAAUGAGGUCACCAAGAAAGUUAAGGUUGUAGCUUUAGCCAACGACACUGCAGGAACACUAGUGUCUGGAUGUUCCAAAUACGCUAACUGUCAUUCAGGAUUGAUUUUGGGAACUGGUACUAACGCUGCCUACACUGAGAAAGUGUCCAAUGUUCCGAAUAUCAAGUCUUCUGAGGAGAUGGUAGUAAUUAACAUGGAGUGGGGAAACUUUGGUGAGCUGGGCCAUCUUGCUGAUCUACAAACAGACUACGACAAACAGCUUGAUGCUUCCAGUGUUAACGCUGGCAAGCAACUGUAUGAGAAGAUGAUUAGUGGCAUGUAUCUCGGGGAACUGACAAGACUAGCACUGCUGAAACGAACUCUACAUAAAAACUGCAUCUUCGCCGGGAAUAUCCCAGAUAUGCUUCACAAGGAAGACUCACUCGACGGAUCAACUGUCAGUGAUUGUAUUAAUUCUGAAGAGGAGUGUCGUGCCGUGUUCCCUAAAGCGAGUCCUGCAGAUAUUGCUGUGGUGCGACAAGUUUGUAAUGCUGUUAGUAACAGGGCUGCUAAACUUGCUGCAGCAGGUGUCUACGCUAUCUGGCUGAAACGUGAGAAAGUACCGUUUACCGUAGCAGUGGACGGAUCAGUGUUCCUAAAACACGCUACAUUUGCUAAUGUAAUGAGGUCAACUCUCCAGGAGUUGAACUGCACUGUUAAUCUGGAAGUUGCCACUGAUGGCUCUGGACUUGGGUCGGCUCUUAUUGCUGCCAUCGCUUAGUAAUUCUUAUGUUAGAUAGUGGGAGGUGAAUAAUAGUGGGAGGUGAUAAGGAGUUGGAAUUACCGGAUUACGCCACAUUGCAGCACUAGAUUUAUUAGAGUCAAUUUAUAAUUUGAUUUAUAUUGUAAAUAAUGGGUGCACUUAAAAUGUUAGGAAUUGUUUAAACAUGUUAGGAAUUGUUUUUAUUGACUUUUACACAGGAUUUGACUUACGUUUUGACUUACGUAUCAUCCGAUACGUGAAAAUGGAGCAUCAUAGUACUUUAUACAAUAAGAUUUUGUACCUGAUUUGUGAAACGUAAUAUGGAAUAUUUAACAUCGUUCAGUCGAGGGAAUAUUAUAUUAUAUUACUGUGGUAAAUUGAUUCGUUGUAAGUUGGCACAUAGUUCCACCGAGUUCUAGAACAUUCUGUAAAAGUAAGGUUCCAGAGAAGUAAAAUUCCAGAAAGCCCAGAAAGGUACGGUCCUAGAAACAAAUUUUCUUUUUGUAUCAUAAUAGCUUAAAUUAUAAGAGUGUGUGUUCUAUAAAUUUAUAAAUGACUUAAUCAAGGAAACGGUAUUAGAGUGGUUCAAUUGGUGGUUAAAUUGGUGGCCUGCUGCUUUUUAUUAACGUGGCAGUUUGAUCUGAAUUAUAGAUUAUAAUUUAUAGAUUAUAGAUUUUAUUCGAUCACGAGACUUUGCUCCUCGGCCUGAAUGAGUGGCUUCUCUGCUCCUAACUGUCUGGUGAACGGUGCAGGUGCUUUAUAGGAAGUUCAACUGGAGUACAAUAUUCCGUUUCGAUACGUUAUUAAGUUUGAGUGUGUUUCUCUCCAUCGAUACACGUACUCAAGUUCGACACGUUAGCUAGACCAGAACCGAGUGGUAAACAGGAGAAUUAAAACUAUACUGAAAGGUUCUGGAAUUUCUAACCGCUGGUUGCUAAAUGUCAGAAAAUUGUUUUAUCUGCCAUUGAACCAUGUGAUCCUAUGAUGAGGACCCGGCAAUAGCCGUUGGAUCACAAGCAGAAACUAUUUGUCGAACUAGAGUACGCUGCCUGGACUCUAGUUCGACACGUACCGAAGUUCGACAGGGGUGAUAUCUGGCGAACUAUAGUGCGUGUCGAACUAGAGUACGUGAAUCCUUUCCAUCCUCACUGGUAAUGUUUCAUAAUUUUUUUAAAGGUAUGUUCUUCUGUCACUUGAGAUUUUACAAACACAUCUUGAUUGCUUGAUAAUGUUUUGCAGGCUGAGCAGGUUUAUACUUUUGCACC